AUGCUGCUCCCGCAGCUCUGCUGGCUGCCCCUGCUCGCCGGGCUGCUGCCGCCCGCGCCCGCGCAGAAGUUCUCGGCGCUCACGUUCCUGCGAGUCGAUCAAGAUAAAGACAAGGACUGCAGCCUGGACUGUGGGGGCUCCCUGCAGAAGCCCCUGUGCGCGUCGGACGGCAGGACCUUCCUGUCCCGCUGCGAGUUCCAGCGUGCCAAGUGCAGAGACCCUCAGCUGGAGAUCGCGCAUCGAGGAAACUGCAGAGACGUGUCCAGGUGUGUGGCCGAGAGGAAGUACACCCAGGAGCAGGCCCGCAAGGAGCUGCAGCAGGUGUUCAUCCCGGAAUGCAACGACGACGGCACCUACAGCCAGGUGCAGUGCCACAGCUACACCGGAUACUGCUGGUGCGUCACACCCAACGGGAGGCCCGUCAGCGGCACGGCCGUGGCCCACAAGACGCCCAGGUGCCCGGGUUCCAUAAAUGAAAAGGUGCCCCAACGGGAAGGCACAGGAAAAACAGAUGAUGCCACAGCUCCAGCGCUGGAGACUCAACCCCAAGGAGAUGAGGAAGAUAUUGCAUCACGUUACCCCACGCUUUGGACUGAGCAAGUUAAAAGUCGGCAGAACAAAACCAGUAAGAAUGCAGUGUCCUCGUGUGACCAGGAGCAGCAGUCAGCCCUGGAGGAGGCCAGGCGGCCCGAGAGCGACAACGUGGUGAUCCCCGAGUGCGCCCACGGUGGCCUCUACAAGCCGGUGCAGUGCCACCCCUCAACUGGCUACUGCUGGUGUGUCCUGGUGGACACCGGACGCCCCAUCCCUGGAACGUCCACCAGGUAUGAACAGCCGAAAUGCGACAACACAGCCCGGGCUCACCCAGCCGGGACGAGGGAUUUGUACAAAGGCCGCCAGCUCCAAGGUUGUCCUGGUGCCAAAAAGAAUGAGUUCCUGACGAGCAUUUUGGACGCGCUGUCCACCGACAUGGUCCACGCGGUCUCCGACCCCUCCUCCUCUGGCAGGCUUUCCGAGCCCGACCCCAGCCACACGCUGGAGGAGCGAGUGGUCCACUGGUACUUCAAGCUACUGGACAAAAACUCCAGCGGGGACAUCGGCAAGAAGGAGAUUAAGCCCUUCAAGAGGUUCCUUCGGAAAAAGUCAAAACCCAAAAAAUGUGUGAAGAAGUUUGUCGAGUACUGCGACGUGAACAACGACAAAUCCAUCUCCGUGCAGGAGCUGAUGGGCUGUCUGGGGGUAACGAAAGCAGAAGCCCCUAGAGCCAGCGCGGAGGGCGCCGCCAGCAGACAGCCGAGGAAGCAAGGAUAGAGGCUCACACAGCCAAGGCCGUCCUAGACAUGUGGGAGACUCCCUCACCAAAAGGCAAUUAAAAAACAAAACAAAAACAAAACACAUAGUAUUUGCACUUUGUACUUUAACUGUAAAUUCACUUUGUAGAAAUGAGAUAUUUAAACAGACUGCUUUAAUCUGUGAAAUGGAAGGGCUGGCUUCAGAAAACUAAUCACAUACAAUGUAUGUGUCCUCUCUUGACCUUGGAAAUCUGUACUUGGCGGAGAUGUGUUUGGAAUGGCUUUCAGCUUGAUUUCUUUAUCCUCCACAUGUUGACAUGGUAGAAGUCUUGGCCUCAGGCACCGCGGUCCCAACCCCGUGCCUUUCUCCCCGCCGGGGCUAUCCCUCCCAGUGACCCCGCGGUCGCUGCCUUUGAGACCCGCAGUGCCGCAGGAAGCUUCCUUAGAAGUGUGCGAUGCGCUGCUGUCCCCAUGCCGCGGCCAACACGGGCGUGGGCUUGUUUGUUUCUUGGGAUUCUGUGUUUGUUUUCUCUUGCUGUCCGGAGAUCUUUUUCCCCCCGCGAGUCCCGCAACCACUAAGCCGUCUUUCCUGGGAGGAAAGGCUUUUUCCCACCCAUCUUGAUGAGCUGCUUUUCCUUUCCGAGCUUCUGUUGGAGCUUUGCCUUGGGCUCGGGUUAAUCACGCCCUAAAGUACUCGAGAAUGACACCCCCCACCCCCGCGCUGUCCAGACGCCGCGUAAACAGGCCCGCGGUCAGAGGACUGGAUUUAGUCCUUGCCUGGCCGCCCUGGGCUCAUCUGUCCCGCUGCCUCUCUUAAACGGGACCAUGACCCGUCCUACCCUGCUCCACUCUGGGGCCUCCCUCAGGGUCAGAUGAUCACCCUAACAAAGUCGGAGUAUCUUCCGUAGGGAAGGCUCAUCCCGCAAAAGCUGGGGGCUGGACGCUGGUCUCGGCCACUGAGGACGAGUGCCUGCAGGUCCCGGGCUCCCUUCUCUCCCGGCGGCCUCGGGAAAUCUGCGAGCGCUGCUGUGAGAACAGGGUCAGGAGCCAAAGGUCCACACCGUGACAGCAGGACUGGCCCGCAGGCACCACCAGCCGCCCCCAGCAAGCGGCCCCGGCGCGACAGAGCCGUUGGGAGGAUGGUCCGAGGCUGUGCGGGCCAAAUUGUGAUGCUAUUUUAGCUCCAACUUUUGGCCGGAAGAAUAACCUCCGUGGCCCCAAAUUCCACAACACGCGUCAUGUAAAAUGAUCUCGGCAUGGA